AUGGCAGCCAUCUACUUCCGAGCGGAGGACUUAGCACGUCGCACUGUCGAGUACCACCGGGUUCGUGAGGCGGAGCACCGCUCCAGGGAUCGCUACGGCCGGAGGUUCCGCGCCUUCCCCUGGAGCGAGGCGGUGGCGGCCGUACUUAGCGAUGAGGCGCUGGAGGACGAGGCGAGCGUGGUGGCGCUGAUCAAGGAGCUCGGGAGGCAGGGCUGUUCCGAGGUGGCUCUGGCGGCUCUGGACCUGGCAGUGACCCGCGGGUCACCCGCCCCCUCUAAGGCCAUGUUCGAUGCGGUCCUCCUUGUGUGCGCUACGGAGCAUCAGGACCAGCGGUGUUUGGAACAGUACGGCAGAAUGCGGUGUCUGGGUCUACAUCCCGAUCUGGGUACUGCCAACCUGGUCCUCACGGGUCUGUGCAGCCGGGGCAGGUUGGCAGCCGCCGUGGAGAUGUUGGGGGAGAUGCGGGCCCAACUGGGGAUAAGGCCCAACAGCUAUUCGGUGCUCAUGGUGUUGCAGGCCUGCAACCACAAGCGAAGGGGCGCCUACAGAGAGGCCAUUGCCGCGGUGCAGGAGCUGGAGGCGGGUGGUCGUACGGCAAAUGAGGAGGUCAUUGAAGCGCUGUUGCAGGUUUGCGAGGCGGCCAUGCAACGGUCCCCCUCCUUCGAGGCGGCCUUGGAGGUCUUCUCCGCGCUGUCGGAGGUGCACCUGUCGGACUGCACUCGAAUGUACAACGGGCUGCUGGCGGCGGCGGGGCGGGCGGGGCGGUGGCGGGAGGCGCAGGCGCUGUACGCCAGGAUGCAAGAGGACGACGUACCGCCCUCCCUGGAGACACAUACGGCACUUAUACAAGCGUGUGUUGUGGGUCGCGCGUUGGACCACGCCCUGCACAUUUUCGAGCACCUCGUGUCGGGCAGGUCGGCACACGAGGCCGUACCCGCCUCCAUAGCGACGUACAACCACCUCAUACACGCGUGCCACCAGCCCUUCUCAAUACCCGCCUCCGUGUCCUGUGUGUUCCGUAAGGCCCGCGAGGAGCGCAAGGUGGUGCUGCCCCGAAACCUGAGACCAGCGCCGUACGACGCCAUGCGGGUGAUGUACCUGGACCACUUAGAUAUGUUGCAGCAGGAGGAGAUGUUGGCACUCGAGAAGCUGGGCAGCUUAGGGAGCUGGGCAUCCAGAUCACUAACACGCGGGUCGGCCACCCCCACCGCCUCCGGCUCCCUGACGUCAGCAUUUCCCAGCGCCGCCACCAGCAUGCUGACGCCAGCGUCAACGAUGAUGACGGCAGCGGUCACGGGCAUGGCGACGGCGAGUAGUACGACAAGCGCCACGACGGCGACGGCGGCCAUGAGAUCAGCUUUGCGAGGUCCCGGCAGUCCGUCUAGACCGCUUGGUACCGCCGGCAGUAGCGCCACGACGAGCUCCCGUUCGAUGAUGCCCGGCGGCGCCGCUGGGUACGACAACCGCCAGGGUUAUGCCGCGGCAGCGUGGCAGCGUAGCGUUGGCGGCGGCGGGAGAGCAUUGUCGCCAUCGUCCAACUUUCAGCCGCAGCAGCAGCAGCAGCCGCCGCAGCAGCAGCAGUGGCCGCCGCCGGCCAACCCGGGAGGUAGCCCCAACUUCGCAGCGUUUGGGCAAGGACCGUGGCUUAGCCCGGGGUCUGGACCUGGGCAUGGUGUUAGUGCGGCGGCGGCGGCGGCGGAGCGCAGUGCUGUGUCGUCACGCUGCGGCCACAGUCGCAGCUCCCUGAGGAGCAUGACGAUGGGACACGGUAACGGCGGCGCCGCCACCGUCCCCGGCGGCGGUGGCGGCAGCUUCCGGGUGGCGGCAUCUGCCGCCAACGGCACCGCCUUGCCGCCACUCUCCGGAGAAAUGCUGACCCCCGGGACCUCGUCUCUUCCCCCCGGCAUGGCGACGAGCCCGCGAUCCCAGGGCGCCGGCAGCGGCAGCGGAGCUGCUGCCGUGCAGGCGGCGGCGGCGGCGGUUCCGCCGCCGGCCCCCGGCCUGCAGCGUUCCCGCGCCGCCUGGAGCUACGUGCCGCAUCCGGGCGGCGGCGGCGCCGCUGACGGCGGCAUGGGGCCGCUGACGGCGGCCGCCAGCUCAGAGUUUAACGUACCGAGUCCGCUACCGUCCCUGUCCGCGGUCCCUGUCCCUGUGUCCGUGUCCGCCGGGGGCGCCUCGCGCCGUUUUCCAGUGGCCGUGUGGGGCGGAGGAGGGAAGUGA